AUGAGGCACUUGGCAACACCGCUUAGCAGGCACCAUGGUGAUGGGUUAACGGUUGGACAAGAUGAUGUUAAAGGUCUCUUCCAAACACAAGGAUUCCACGACUCCCUACCUCAAGCCAGACCACCCACCACCGCCACCUCGGCCAGGGACCGUUACCAACGGCCUUGGGCUAAGCGGAACCUUUCUCUCUUCACAUUUAGAGUUGAGAUCUGCCUUGAAAUAGGAUGUGGGUCUGGUGUGGUUUCAGCGUUUGUGGCUUCCAUUAUUGGACCCAGUGCACUCUACAUGUGUACAGAUAUCAAUCCUAUGGCAGCUUACUGUACACUGGAGACAGCCCUGAUUAACAAUGUUCAACUUCAGCCGAUAAUUACUGACUUGGUCAAAGGAUUGUCACCAAGAUUAAAUGGAAAAGUUGAUCUCCUGCUGUUUAAUCCACCAUAUGUGGUAACACCUUCUGAAGAGGUGGGAAGCCGUGGAAUAGAGGCAUCCUGGGCUGGUGGCAAAAAUGGCCGGGAAGUAAUGGACAAGGUUUUUCCAUUAGUAGCAGACCUGCUCUCAACAGAAGGAUUAUUCUACUUGGUCACAAUUAAAGAAAAUAAUCCAGAUGAAAUUCUGGAAACAAUGAAGAAAUAUGGCUUAGAAGGAACAAAAGCACUUUCCAGGCAAGCAGGAAUAGAAAUGCUUACUAUUCUCAAAUUCAGGAAGUCUUGAUAACUGUUCCUGAUCUUCUAUGUCUUGGGUAUGCAUAA